AUGCUGCACCUGCCCAGCGGAGCAGGAGUGCUGGCCGGGGCUCUCCAGCCUUACUCUCUGAAGCCACAUCGAGCCUCGGCCCUGCCUGGCGAGAGACCCAGAUUGUCCCCAGUGCCAAGGCUCAACUUGACCGCCGUGACAGAGUUCACCUUUGAAGGUUUUUCCGUUUUUGGGUGGCAGCACAGACUCGUUCUCUUUGCGGUCUUUCUGGUCUUGUACCUGCUGACCCUCGCCCGCAAUGCCAUCAUCUUGACCGUUAUCCGCCUCAACUGCCAACUUCACACACCCAUGCACUUCUUCCUGAGCGUACUGUCCAUCUCUGAGACCGGUUAUACAGGGGCCAUCAUCCCCCGCAUGCUGUCCAGUCUCCUCAGUCCCCAACGAGCCAUCUCCAUCCCAGACUGUGCCACUCAGCUCUUCUUCUGUCUCGCCUUCGGCAUCAACGACUGCUUCCUGCUCACGGCCACGGGGUAUGACCGCUACGCGGCCGCCUGCAACCCCCUGCGGUAUUCCGUCGUCAUGGGCAAAAGGACUUGUCUUCAACUGGCGAGUGGCUCCUGGAGCAUUGGCCCGAGCACGGCCAGCAUUCAGGUGUCGUCUGUGUUCAGCCUGCCCUUCUGUGAUGCCAACGUCAUCUCCCACUUCUUCUGUGACAUCCGGCCCCUGAUGCAGCUGGCCCGUGCUGACACCACCAUCAAAGAACUUGUCACCUUGCUCAUCAGUCUGUGUGUCCUUGUUCUGCCCGCGGUGCUGAUCGUCAUCUCCUACGUCCUGAUCGUCUCCACCAGCCUCAAGAUCCCCUCCGCCCGGGGCCGGAAGAAGGCCUUCGCCACCUGCGCCUCCCGCCUCACGGUGGUCGUCGUCCACUACGGCUGCGCCUCCGUCGCCUACCUCAAGCCCAAGUCUCACAACUCCCUGAAGGACAGACUCAUCUCCGUGACCUACACGGUCAUCACACCCCUCCUCAACCCUGUUGUGUACAGCCUGAGGAACAAAGAAGUCAAGGAUGCCUUGCUCAGAGCUUUGGGCAAAAAUCCUCUCUCUUAG